AUGUCAACAAUGAUGUGUGCAAAAUGUGCUCGACCAUUUACAAGUGGAAGCAUAUUAAGUGCAUUAGAUAAAAAAUGGCAUCCUGAAUGUUUUGUAUGUACCAUUUGUAAAAGAACAUUAGCUGAUCAAUCAUUUCAUGUGAAAAAUGAUGAUCCAUUUUGUGCAAAUUGUUGGAAAGAAAAUUUUCAACCACGUUGUGCUACAUGCAGUAAAAUUAUUGAUCCAUCCGAACAAUAUAUGACAUAUAACGAUAGAGCUUAUCAUAAGAAUUGUUUUACAUGUGCUGCUUGUCAUCAAAGUUUGGCCGGCAAACAAUUCUGUAUCAAAGAUAAUGGAUAUUAUUGUCCUGAACAUAAAUUAAAGUAUAAGAAUUUCAAAAUUAUUCUUCAUUUUAAAUGA